AUGCGGACCACGAAAAAUCGAAACCACGCGGAGGUGCUAAAGCGGUUUCGGCUGACGCGCUUUGGCUGGGAACGACGUCGAGCGCAUCUGCGAGAUGGGAAAAAGCGCAGACGGAGUCCGCAACAAAAGAGGAACGUGAACAAGAUAGACUUCGUCCAUCGACAUGACAUGCUGAAGAUGGUGCGGACGGCCACGUACUUCAAGCUGCGCAUUCGUGAUUUUCCAAAGGAUCCGAAUCCCAACAUCAAGGAGACUCGAGCUAUAGUCGGCAGUCAUUUCGGCUAG